AUGAUCGUAUCACAAAUCGACACUUCUCAAAAAACAGAAGAAGAGAAAGAGCCUAAACUAACCUAUAGCGCUUUAAAAAUUACUGCUAAAGGUAGCUUUGCUGAAAUUUUUCAAGCCACAGUUGUCGAGACAGGAGAGGUUGUAGCAAUUAAAAAGGUCCUACAAGACAAUCGUUAUAAAAGCCGUGAGCUUGAGCUUAUGAAAGAAGUAAAGCACACAAAUAUCAUUCGCUAUCGAGAUUCUUUUUUUAGCAAUGGAGAACAAGAAGGUGAAGUCUACUUAAAUAUAGUCAUGGAUUACAUACCUGAAACCAUUUACAAAGUAAGAAAACACUACACUGCAAUGAAGCAAGAAAUGCCUAUGAUUUUGGUCAAACUAUAUUCUUAUCAGUUAUUUAGAGCUUUAGCAUAUUUGCAUGAGCUAAAAAUAUGUCAUAGGGACGUGAAGCCUCAUAAUCUGCUUAUCAAUAGUUAUGCAUAUAGACUAUUACUAUGUGAUUUUGGGAGUGCCAAAAUUUUAAAACCUCACGAAAAUAAUGUGUCUUAUAUAUGCUCAAGGUAUUAUAGAGCUCCUGAACUUAUAUUUGGAGCAGUGAAUUACAGUUUUACAGUAGAUAUAUGAAGUGCUGGGUGCAUUGUAGCUGAACUUGUAAUAGGAAAAGCUUUAUUUUCAGGGGAAAGCGCUAUAGACCAGCUUGUAGAAAUUAUUAAGCUUCUAGGAACUCCAACAAGAGAGCAGCUUCAUGACAUGAACCCUGACUACAACCAGUUUAAAUUCCCACAUGUAAAAUCUACACCAUGGCGGCAAGUAUUUAAAUGUGAAAAUUCCCAAGAAGUCAUUGAUUUCCUAUCCACUAUUUUAGUGUAUUCUCCCCAUCUAAGACCCUCAGCGCUUGAAUGCCUUGCCCAUCCCUUUUUUGACGAGCUUCGAGAUGAAGAAACUCGUCUUCCAAACGGUGAAAGGCCAACCAGACUAUUUGACUGGACAGAUGAAGAAAGAAAAGCUGCCACUCCAGAGCUUCUACUUAGACUGACCCCAGACUGGGCUAAUAUCACUAAUAUCUAA